AUGCUAAUAUUAGACGCAUUUAACAAAUCAGGAAUAUUUUCAUGCCUGCUGUUAGAAAUCGAAAAAUCGGAAAAGAUAAUUUCGGUAGACAUGGUUGGAGGUAUUUAAGAUCACAGGGUCAUUACUUAACUAUAAAGGAGUAAGAGAAAACAGGAAUGUUCAAUACGCGAUUUAAAUGUUUUAAGUGAUAAGUAAACUUUGGGAUACUUCAGACCUGGUGCCUAUUGACAGAAUGAAUGACUCUCAUGAAGGCAAACCUUGGCGGCGGUGAUGGCGGGAGUUGUACUCGCAAAAAGUCAGGUUAAGGAUGUUGGCAUUUACUCAAGUUCUCAAAACGGCAAUUAACGUAUCCGAGAGGCUAAUCAUAGACCUUUUAUUAAUGUAAUCGCUGAAUGCCUCCAUCAAGCCAGUAUAUAAAAAGUGAUCGACAGAAGUUUGAAUAAAAUCGCCUUCCCGAUUAAUCUUUUAAAAUGCGCCUAAUCACUAACUGUUCAGUCAACAAUUCGGUUGACGCUCCGUCAGCAAGGGCAGAAAAAUGAGCGCAGCUGUGUUGCAUUCUGAUAAUUCUAAUUGGAGACCUACAGUUAUUCAGAUAGGACCAUUUUCACACGACGGCAAGGAGUUUACAGUUUCAAGACCUUCAGUUUCUAAUGUACAUUCGAAUUCAGCAAGGAAAGGAAAGCGAAAUUAUCCAAUCUUAGCCGUAACUCGCUCAAAUUCUUGCACGACCUUUGGCUCGGAAGGAGUUGCAAUUGAUGGGUCAAAGAAUGUGCCAUUUUCAGGACGACCACCCACAGAAUUCAUAAAAUCAUUUUAUAGGGGGAAAAAUAUUACCCCCAGUGACAGUGUAAAAUCGUCUGUUUCAGACUGUGUUGAGAAGAAAUAUUCCAUUCUGGAUUUAAAUGAACAAAAUUGUGAUAUCCAUACAGAACCCCAGUUUGAAUACGAAAUGGAACAGUCUCAAUUCUCUACUAGAGAUAGAAAAAAAAAUACUAAAUCUGUUUUAUCAGAAAGAAAAUAUUUUUAUGGAGCAAAUGGAAUAAUGCGAGGUUUAAAACCAACUCCAGGUGAGCUUGAGUUAGAGAAGCAUAAAGUAAACUAUGCACGAGAACAGGCUCAAAAACGUAAGAAAUAUAAGCUUAAUGUGAAUCAGCUUCCUCGAAGUACUACACCUAUACAUGACCAUGAUCCAGAUAAGCUUAACAUGAAGCAAGUAAUUCAGUUUCUUCAGAAGAAAAACGGUACAAAAAUGAUGCCUCAGAAGCAAUCUGGAGCUGGAAAAGUUUCCAUUAAUAGCGAUAGCGAUUCUCAGAGAAUACGCACUAUCGAUAUGCGUCCUGAGACAGAGAUUAUUGCAACAACUCAGCGCGUACCUCUAGAAACUGUCCGUCCUAGCACAGAACCACCAAGAGAUGAUACCAAAUCUGACUCAGAAUCCAGAAUUGCUAGUAGAAACUCAUGUUAUAGUAAGGAUUCUUUUGGAUCAAGAUCUGUUUUAUCGACACAGAGUGUUCCAAUAAUGGAAUCGAAAGGAAAACGGACUCAUUGUAAAAGAGGUUUAUCAUCCUCCAAAUCGUUUAAAGAUCGUGUAGACCGAGGGAAACAUUCACGUAAAAGUGCUAAGGAAUUCAAACUUUACAGAUUUUUAGCUCUUGCCCCAAAUGGAAUGGGACAGACUACAGUUCCAGACAAUCAGGAAAGUGAAACAAGAACUAUUUACAGCUCGGAACAUGUUAAACACAAAGAGAUACAAAAGAAGCGAUCCACCGAGGAUGCCCAGGCGCGUGUUACAUACCGUGCUCCCAUGAUAAGAGAACAGAUACCAGCCUCCAAAUUCAGUGAAAAUAGAUUACAAGGCAAUAAAAUCAGUGCUCAGGACGGGACAGACAAGGUGGAACAAAGAAGAGUUUCUCGAACCUCUAGUUUGAUGCAUCGUAGAGCACUAAUUCAAUACAGAGAUAAAGUUCGUUUGAUUAGAGCAGAAAAUUAUGGAGAAGAUGAUGAAAGUAAGAACGCAAUCAGAUUACCAAGCGUCCAUGACUUCGAGGAUAGUGUUCGACAUCAAGAAUCCGAGGAAGAUGAACCCAGUUCUGCUGAUGAUCGUUCUUACCAAGAAAGUGACAUCAGAAGACUCGAAGUUUCAUCUCUCUUAUCCAGCAGAUCUGAUCAGACCUGUAAUCGAAGCGUUAGUUAUCAUCCCUCACUGGUUAUCCAUGCGAAUCACCUGGACAAUAAUAAUAACAAAAACAAGAAGCUCUUCGUAAACGUUCCGAAACAAAGUGAUACAGGGACGAAAGAAGUGAUCAAGCUGACACUUCGUCAAGAAAGGGAUGUUACUCGUGAACAGAGUUACAUGCAUGAUAUUGCAACGCCAAGAGAAAAUAACGUAUAUACAAUGAUGUGCCAACAUCUGAACCAAACCCUACCACAAUACAGUGAUGACGAGUUUUAUGAUAGGAGAAUGUAUCAAAUAUCUGCGGUAUCCAUCCAUGAAGAAAAUAACUACAAUAUGGUACCUGACGAGUCGACACUAACGGUGCAUGAAACACUUGCAAACAGCUGUAUAAAAGUCAGACAAAAAUUGAAAGGAUCUGUUCAUAAUGACUAAUUAUAUAAGAUAGUCUGCAUUGGAUCGUUUAUUUGCACUGUAUCUAAAAUGUUUAGCAAGACUUAUUAAAGAAGGUGAGGUAUGUUGUA